AUGUAUACUGGAUUGCCUCUCCAUUGUCAAUGGUUGAUUGCAAGUUCUCUUCAUGAUGAGAAAAUUAUUAUCGAAUUUGAAUCGAUAUAUAUACCAAUAUCAAUAAAAGAAUAUUUACAUAUAGGUUGUCAUCGUGGAUCUAUUAAUUUAUGGACAGUAGGAUUAAAACAUGAAAAAAUUGAACUUUGUGGUGAUCGUCAUCAUGUACGUAUUGGUGGUAUUGGACAAAUGUUAAUGAUUGAACUUCGUAUUAUUGAUCCAAAACUUGAUGUUUAUUUUCUUAUGAAAUAUCAAUUGAUUCAAAUUCCACAACUACCUAGUAGUACACCUUCGACUUUAUUAACAUCGACAAUUUUACCAUUAGAAAAAUAUGUAAAUAAUCAAAAUUCAUUAUUUUCAGAAUGUGGUUUAACAUGGACCAAUGGAAAUCGAUAUUAUAAUGAAAUUUCUAGUCGGAUUGUUGGUGGUCGACAAGCUUUGGCACAUAGUCAUCCAUGGCAAGUUCUUCUUAGUAAUCGAGGUCAAUUUUGUGGAGCGAGUAUUCUCAAUACAAGAUGGUUAAUAACUGCAGCACAUUGUGUCAAUGGAACGCAUCCAAGAAGUUUAUUGGCAGAAUUUGGUAUGCAUGAUCGAUAUCGAAUAGAACCUUCGCGAGUCGCUAGAACUAUCAAACAAAUUGUAGUUUAUCCUUCAUAUAGUGGAAAAUCAACUAGAUGGAUGCAUGAUAUAGCUCUACUUCAAUUAUCUGAACCACUUGUAUUUAAUUCAUUUAUUCGAUCUAUUUGUCUACCAUCAGUAAAUGAUGUUGUUAAACAUGGUGAACGAACACUUAUUACUGGUUGGGGUUCAACUCGAGGUACGGAAAGUUUUCGAUAUUUACGUGAAGUUGAAGUAGUUAUUCAAUCAAAUGAUCAAUGUGGAUUAAAAGCAAUUACAUGGGAAACAAGUCUUUGUGCUGGUUUAUGUGAAAAUUCAACAUGUGAUGCUUGUCAAGGUGAUUCAGGUGGUCCUAUGAUUUUAUUACGUAAUGAUCGAUGGCAUUUAGUAGGUUUAAUUUCAUGGGGUUUUAGCUGUGCUGGUCUUGGUGUUUAUACAAAAAUUUCUUAUUAUUCAGAAUGGAUUUUACAAAUAAUUUAUAAUUCAAAUACAUGA